AUGGCGACCCUGAACUACUCCUUACGGGUCAACGACGCGGUUUCGAACGCAGCUGGUAUCUUAGUAUCUGCGCCUCCUAACUAUAUCGUUUCAGCCGAUACUGCUACUAUUCCACCGUCGACUGGUAAUACCCUUGCUCCUCCUGAGAGUUCGGUAACUCAAUCACCAUCAUACUCGUUCCCAGAUCCUAAUGUCCUCAUUCUCACUACUUUCUCAACAACCACCGUUCCGUAUGUAGAUCCGGUCAUACAAGUUCCUACCCUAUCUUCAGACCAACCAGCAACUGAACAUGUCGCACCUAUCACUUCAUCUACAUCCGUCUUAUUUGGCUUUCCCGUGGUUUCCGCGGCACCAACAAGUACUAUAAACAUUAGCCCUUCUUCUACAAUACUUCCAAAUCUCUCACCUACAUCAUUAACUCCAACUCCGACUCUUACACCAUCGUACAUCAUUCCCACCACUCUUGAAACAUUAUCUUCCCCUCCAUCCCCACAAUCAACACAAGCACCUGCGUCUCUCACAUCCACCACAACAAUUCCCACCAACUCUAACUCUUCAACCAGUCACCUCGGAGCCUACAUAGGAGGCGCUUUCGGUGGUGCCGCAGUUAUCAUCCUUUUUCUCCUCGUCAUCUUCUGUCUUGCCCGCCGUCGCAAACGUAGAUCCCCCAAACACCAUCCCGACCGUCCCGCUUUCAUCGGCGGCUACGAAUUAAAAUUAGAUAAAGUAGGAGAUUUACAACGUGUGGUCCAUGAGAAAAUAGUUAGGAGGAAUACAUUUGAAGCGUGGAAGAGAGGUGUUGUGCCUGGUCUCAAGCAUAAUACAAAUGAUAUGGCUGGGAAAAGUGAAAUCAGUAUUAGUGGUGAAACACCCCAAACUGGAUAUUCAAGUCCGCUAGGAGAGGUUGCAGAAAGUGCAAUUUCGCCGGGCGUAGGUCAGGAGAGAAGAGAAUCGUUUGGAGAAGAGGAACGGAGCGAAGUUGGGGAUGAUGAGGAUACAUAUGUGGUCUCGCCGAUUGAGGAGGAGCAGAAACCUUCGAGACCUGUAUCUGGCAUUAGUCCUUUGAUAUUUGAAUGGGAGAAUAGAGCAGAUCAAAGAGGAGAUUCAACGACUGGGAUGAUUGGGCAGGCAAUAUAG